GGCACCCUGGGGGUGUCUUCUCUUUCCCUGUGAUGUCGUCACUGUGAGUUGAAGGAUGUUGUGGAAAUAAGGCAUCGCCGGAAGCAACAGUUGGGCAGCCUGGGGUCCCCUCGGGUUACCGGUUACGACUAUGAUUAUUUGGACGUCCUUUUAAAACCGUUAUUAUCUCACCCAGGCCAGCCCACGUUUUACUGUCAUCCAUGGAAAGGCGCUUCGUAGCCGUCUCCGACUUCUGGGACCUAUAACUCUUUGGCAUGAUUCUUCGGAAAGUUCUUAAGCGGGAUGGAGCAAUCUUCACUUAGGCUGUGGGAGAAGGAGGCGGAUUUGUCCUCUUCAUGCUGACAAGAAAUCGCUGCUAUGACUUCUCCGGCGACGCGGACAGGGGCCAAGUGCAGCUGAACUGGUCAUGGUCUGGCGUCCAGGGUUCCUUUGUCGUCGGCGACGUUGCCCCCGGCCCUUCCUGGUGGGCUUGGUGGUGGCCCUCUGCCUCUUCUACCAGAGCCUGACACUCCGAGGGGCGAGGAAGCUCGCAGCCACUGUGCCUGGGGCUGCCCCCAACACGCCCCCCGACGCCCAGGCCAGCAGAUGCAAGAGAAGAUGGUCUGUGGACGAACGGUGCUUCUCUCUCCCUGGCAAUGCUCGCGACAUCAGAACGCUGGAAGAAUCCAUGGAGACCCACUUUGGCAGCCACGGCAGAAGGGCCAUCCUCUACAGGCCUCCCUCCUCCAGCACAAUGGAACUUCGGCUCCACCAGCAUCUUCUCGCUCAACUUGGUUACACAGUGGUCAUCGCUGAAGAGGGGCCCGGUCCUGACCUUGGGCUGGAGCUGCUAGAAAAAGGUGAUUUAGGCUCCUGGGAUCUGCUCAUUUGCCUGUCUUCUAGGAAAGCUGGUGGAAAUCUCUGCAUAUCCAAGGAAGAUGUGUGCCAGUUAAGUUUACAUCAAAAGGUAAACAUAUUACCAGAAAUACAGCAUCAGCUUUGCAGAAAGGAAGGCUUAUGUCAAAUAAUUCAAAGAUUUCCAGAACUGCAACUUCCGGUGAGCCCCUCUGUGUGUUUGGACCAGAGCACACAAUUCAAGCUGAGUUCUUGGAGUCACCUUUUAAAAACUGUGAAGCCGCAUGUGUGGAAACCAUGGUCCUGGAGACGUGAACAGCUGGAUCAAACAACAGUCCUUGCUCCACAUGAGACCAUAUUUAGAGCCGAAGAUCUAUCUGUGAUUCUUAAAGCAUACGUGUUGGUGACAUCCUUAACCCCUUUGCGUGCAUUCAUUCAUUCGACUGGCAUGGUUUGGAAUCCACCUAAGAGAAAACGCUUCACUGUCAAGCUGCAAACCUUUUUUGAGACAUUCCUGAGGGCCAGUUCGCCUCUCCAGGCCUUGGACAACAUGAAGGAAGCAAUCAGCAAACUCCUGCUGGCUGCCGAAGCUUUCAGCGAAACAUCUCCUCUGGGACCGAAGGCCUUCCACAGAUGCAGUUUAUGUUUUCAACUUUUAACUUUUGACAUUGGUUAUGGCAGUUUCACGUCCCCUGUGGUGCUCCAGGUGCAUGGGCAUUUACAUUUUCAAGAUGACGAUAAUAUGGAUUUUGAGGACCAAAACACAGAAGAAUUUAUUUUAAAAGACGCUUUCAAUUUUCUCUUCUCGAAUGAAUCUUCAUUUUCCAUAUUCUCUGAGAUAUUUCAGAGACUCUACAGAUCAGCUGUAUCCAAGGGUGAAAACUACAAAAAGGAACUGAAUCAAUGCCUAUCUUUAGAGGAGAUUAAUUCAAUGAUGACUUUCGUAAAGGAACUUGGGAGCUUGGGGCAAUUCCAACUGCUCUUUCCAUCAACUUCUCCUGGGAUUCAGUCUUGGAUGCGUGAAUUUUAUGUCACUGCAAAUCCUAUGGGAAAAGCUCGUUCAGUCCUGACCCAACACUCCUCUCUUUUAAAUGUUUUUGAGCAAUUUCAGCUCCUGAAUAAAAAGGCACAAUCACAUCCAUUGGAAUGGCAUUCCUUCGCGGAGGAUGAGAACAUUGAAAAACCACAAGUGCCAUUUGAUGCAACUGAACAUAAAAAAGUUGUGGUUCAACAAAUUAUGAAUGCAACCAUAGAAGUGCACUGCAGCAAUGAUGAAGACAUACAAUGUCAUAUCAAGCAGAUCUUCACACAGCCACAUUUGGAGCUAAGUCCUGAAUUUAACCCGAAGAUCAAAGAUUAUUACUCUGAAGUCCCUUUUGAUGUGGUAACAGUGACAAUUGGAGUGGAGACGUCUAACUGUCAGUGCAAGGUGUACCUGCAUGAACGGGCAGGGCCCAGCUUUGCCAACUACCCUCUGGGCUUAGGAACAAACAAAAUCUCAAUGCUUGUGGUGGAUGAAUCUCUAGCCCAGGGUGAGACCCUGAUCACGUACAAACUCACCAUCUAUCGAGAAGACCGUCCAAGUCUGCCCUUGUUUGAGGACUUUAUGGCAUGCGGUUUUGUGCAGGAUUGUGGUUUGCUGAUUCACCCGGAGGAAGCCUGUGGGUUACAGCCUAUUUCUUCUGACUACAUCGAAGCCCUUUCACAGCCCGAACUAAAAACUUGUCCAUCUGGGGACACAAAAGGCCAAUGGAUCAUGCCUUGCCUUAGUUGUUCAGACAACAGGACCUGUGACUGGAGAGAAAUAACGUGGCAGCCCCACAACUGCCAGUAUGGUGUCCUCACUAAGCCUCAGCUGCAGCAGUGCCUGGGAGCGAGGAAGAUUCUUUUCAUUGGCGAUUCAACCAACAGAGGGAUGAUGUACUAUCUGAUUGAAAGACUGAACGAAACCUUGCAGGAAUGGCAGAAGGUGCAUGGCACUAAGUUCUACCACAAUGUCAAUGGUGGGAAGACUUUGAUCAGUUAUUCCUACUAUCCUCAGUUCUGGAUAAGCCCUUCAUUGAGACCAACGUUUGAAAAGGCCCUUGAGCAUCUCUUGCAAAGAUCACGUCCUCUGGAGAAUUCAGGCCAGACUGUAUUGGUCGUUGGUGGUGUUCAGUGGCUUAAUUCCAAUCAUCUGCAAAUUAUUCACAAGGUUCUGAAGAGGGAAAAUUUACUCAAUAUCCUUGUGAUCAUCAAAACUUUGGGAAUCGGAUUUCAUCUGCCAGUGGAUGGAGUGCAUUUCUUAACACAGAGGGAACUUCAGAACUUAUGGAAAGAAAAUGUGAUAAUUCUGGACACUGCCAAAAAGUAUGGCUACGAAGUGGUUGACACCUUCACUAUAACCAUGGGGCGCUACAAAGAGUUUCUGCAGGGAGCCUGUGGGUGCCAUUUCCAUGAGGUAGUGAAGUCCAAGUUAUCCAAAGAAAAUCACUUGAUUAAAAUAAAACAAUCAAGAAAUCAUACUGUGGGGAAAUAUUUCAGCAACCAGAGCAAACUACAGCAGCAACAGGACUCUCCAAUAAAUGUUCAGUCGCCGUAUCACGUCCGAGGCCCGAUUAAUCAGGUUUGCUCUGAAAUCCUCCUCAGCAGGAUGUGCGCGCCUACAGGAGCUGCGUAGGCUCCCUGAUGGGGACUGAACUUGGAACUGAAGACAAACCACUAACCUGGACCAUCGUCUAAGACCCACAACCUGUGCCUCGUGUGUAUUUGAGACUGACUACCUGCCUUCAUGCACACCAGCACAGUUACACACCAAUGCACACAUAGCUUUAAAAAAAAAAAAGAAGUAAUAACACGUUGUUCCUGCCACUUUAUAAAGUCAAGAUGUGCACUCAGAAAUCGGCUGGUUUUCCAUGUGGAAGACAGAGCCAGGAAAAGGUUACUCAACAUAUAAUAUGGACAAGACCCACUGUGGGCUAGGGAUUGCAUUGUGAUAAUAAAAAGAAACACAGGCACUUGAAUUAUGGGAGAAAGGCUAAUGCGUUGAGCGUUGUGUUGUAUUCUCUGUUGGCCCGUGAAUACUGAGAAGGGUAAAAAAGCAAUUACAUUCCACUUGCAAGUAGGGGCUGCGCUUGCGUCCUUCACCGGGAGAAAACGUGGCGUUAAUGUGGCUUCGGCUUUGUGAAUCUAAUGCUUACGAAAAAACAUUUUUCCUAUGCUUUUUAAACUUUAUAACUGAAAGGAAAAGAAUAGGAAUGUUCCACAAGGGAAUUCAAAUAGAUUCUAUGAGAUGAGAAGUGUAAUAUUUGACCCUUAAAACACCAGCAUGUUUAACUUUGCACUCUUUGUCAUUUUCAUAAACAUUCCCUCCUAUCCUGUCCCUGAACUUGGAUGGGUAACUGCAGACUAAGUUGAGUAAACGUAUAAUUUUUAAUUGCAAAACAAAAUAUAGUUCCCCAUGUAUGACUUUGUUUCAUUGACAGUAUUACUUAAGAAAGCUUUGGUUUGCCAAUAGAGCCCUAUGUAAUGUAAGGUUAUAAUUACAUUUUAUGUAAAUAUUUUGCAAAGGAUUAGGCAUUCUCAAGUACAUAGGCAUUUAUUUCCAUAAAGCACGUGUACAUGUCCACAAAUACUCCUAUGUUACUAGUAACUAUAUUUUUAUUUUCCUGAACAACUGUUUCUAAUCCAAAUUUAGAGUAGGCAUAAAUUAUUUUUUAUUAAAACUGUGGCAUACAUAUAAAACACACCUAGUUCUACUAUUUAGAACUUUUUCUUCUAUAUUUUCAUUUCAAAAUAGUAAAUUCCUUUAUUUUACAAAUGCUUGGUUGUGAGAUAACAUCUCACAGUAACAAUGGUUUUUAAAGGAUUAAUUUCCUUUUGGGGGAAAAAGAGCUGAGAGGGCUAAUUCAACCAUGGCUGAAAUUACCAAGUGUACAAAUACCUCAAUUUUAUUACCUUACUAAACAUAAAGCUAUUUUGAUCAAUGAGUUCCUUAGUAUGAAUAUCCACCUCCUUUAAAUACUCUAUUUUUAUAUAUAUUUUUAUAUGAAAGUAAACAUGAAUUUAUAUUUAAGUGCCUUAAAUUAUAUUUAAGCACAAAUAUCACUUGAUAUAAACAAUGCAUAUCUGCAUCUGAUAGAUGAUAGAUUUUUAAAAAGAAUGGUACAGGAUUCACUUUUAAAGUGAACAUGGUUUUUUUCCUAAUAUCUGCAGCUAUACACAUGCACCAUUUUUAUGUUUUUCCUUCAUUUUUUUAAUGAAAUAAGAUGUUUCCAAUUUAUACAGCCUCUCACUCAAGUUUUAAUGUAUUACAUUCUCUGUAACGGAAUUAUAGCCAGUGGCUGAUUCUUGCAAUUUACCGUCAACAUAAUUUCAAUAA